AUGGCCGACCCUCUUGCUGCGCUCUCAUCAGCUCCUCCGACACCAAAAUGGCAUCAGCAGUUGCCCAUCCGCACACCAAGCCAUGUCAAAAGAGCAGACUCAUCCCUGAGCGGACGGUGGAACUCGCUCUUCAGAGGAGGCGUCUCGCUAUCUAUAGAAUCGCUUCGAGCCCGUGCCAUAGAAGGCAAGAUAUCGCAAGACCAAAAUGCAUCACUUCGCUGGAUACAGUGGAAGCUCUUUCUGACCCAACACAUCUCUAGCAUCCCUUCGUCAUGGUCUGCUCUCUUGGGGCGGGAGAGGGACACCUACAAUGAACUGCGAUGUCGAUUGCUUCGAGCUCCAGAUGGCAAUUAUCCGCCCCAACUGGGCUUCGACGGCACACAUACGACUCUGGACUCUGUAGCAACCCUUUCCUCCUCCUCUUCAAUAAUCAGUCCAUACAGUGAUUCGAGGCGACAUACUUCCUCCCUGGUCAAUGAUCUUUCGGUCAACAACCCGCUCAGCCUAGACGAAUCCAAUCCUUGGAAGACGUACUACUCGGCUCUCGAGACUCGGAGGAUUAUCUUACAAGAUGUAGAAAGGUCAUUUCCUGACCUUGAUGUAUUCCGUCAAACGAGCGUUCAGCAGGCUCUGACCAAUAUCCUCUUUCUCUGGGCCCUCCAGAAUGAGGACGUCGGCUACCGACAGGGCAUGCACGAGCUCGCAGCUCUCCUCUGGAAAGUUCGAAGCGACGGCGCUCUUGACGCACGACACCUUGCCUCCCGCUCCCAACCAAAUGCUUCGACCCAGUCAUGCCAAGAUACUCCAUUUCAGCAUGCUCUCGCCGACGUCUUUGUCGAGCACGACGUGUAUGCGCUCUUCUGCGUCCUCAUGCAGAGCGCAAAAUGCUGGUAUGCUUGGCGCGACAGUCCCAGUACAACGACUGCUUCUCAACCUUCCCCAGCCGCCUCUCCCUCCUCUGCUGCGAGAAAGCGGUCGACUGCACAAGAGUCUGCCGAACAGCCACGCCGACCCCUUCCGAUCGUCGCCAAGUGCGAAUACAUUCUCGAUCUCUUGCGACACAUCGAUCCAGCCUUGGCACAGCAUCUCGAAACUCUCGGCAUCGAACCGCAGAUCUUUUGUCUUCGUUGGAUACGCAUGAUCUUCACCCGCGAAUUUGCCUUGGACGACGCUAUCGCUAUCUGGGACGGUCUCUUUGCUUCGGCCGGCUCUCUCGAGCUCAUCGACUACAUUUGCAUCGCCAUGCUUCUCCGCAUUCGCAACCAGCUUCUUGCCGCUGAUCACACUUCAGCCUUGCAGAGUCUACUACGAUAUCCUGCAGAGGCUCAGGUACAGCCGAGUCUUUUGGUCAAGCAAGCCAUGUACAUGAGAGAUCAUGGCCGUCAACCUAGCACUGGUGUCACAGUCGUCAUGCAGAACAGAGAUCUUCUAGGGAUUGCCGUGCGAUCCGUUGACGGAUCAUCCCAAGAAGCGUCGACGGCGCAGCACGCUCCUGCUUCACCGACGCAACGCUACGGAGCACAAAAAUUUGCCACUGUCGGAAGGGUUCCUUCUGCAGCUGGAGGAAGGCCUUCACCCUGGGGACGCCUUCAGGGAGAGACGAAUGCAGGAAAUGGCCAUGUAGCGACGCAUCUACCCAGACCUGACGCGAGACGCUGGCAAGGGCCUGCCUCGGCUGGAGACCCUCUGGGCGCUGCGGCUGCUGAUUCUGAUCCGAACGCACCUCGAGCCUUCGGCAUCAAUCCGUCCGCAUAUCUGCCUGAGGGCGUCAGCGACUUUGCAAAGAGCUGGUACGAACGUGCUGAGCUGCCACAAACCUUGAACAGCGCACUUGCCAAUGUCUCGAGAACUGUUGCUGCAGCAGCUGCUGGUGCCUACGGUACCAACAAACCCGAGACGUCCGGCUUCCCCUCUGGCUUCGAUCAAGCCUUCUCAGCGCAGACUGGGCCUCGCAGCAGUGGCACAGCCUCCACCGUUGGUCAUGCAGCAUCAGGCAGAACCAGACCAAAGCUGCCGAUCGCCAACGAGGCGGAAGGUCUCGAUCCUGUGCAGCCAGCACAACCAGUCUCAAUCCCAAGAUCGAGCGCAGAGCUUGCUGACCAACUUGCAAAGCUGACAACUGCCAACAGGGCCAUCGGCUCUGCGCUAUCAGCUUGCAUUGGCGUGCUCGAGCAGAACUGGCUAGAUCGAAAUACGGGCAGCGACUCAAAGCGGGACGAUUUGGAGCAGCGCGACCUUAAUACGCUCAUGAGCUUUACUGCACUUAAGCACAUUCGUGAUGUUCUUGACGGAAGAGCGAACGAGUUCGAUCCUGCCACCUUGCCGGCGUCCAUUGCGAAGAAGCCGAGCUCGACGGUCAAUCCAACAAAAACCAAGGAAGAAAGCGUUGGCCAGAGGAACACCCAGCAGGGAGGGGACAUUGCGCAACACGCUGCGACCAAGGGAGAUUCAUCGUCAAUACAGUCCGUGCAGAAGGAAGCAGCCGCGCCAAAGCCUUCCUCCCUGCCGAUGUCGCUGCCCGAGUAUGCACGAUACGGCCGGCAAAUGAUUCUUCCGGACUUUGGCCUUCCAGGACAACUUCGACUCCGGAAUGCUAAGGUGCUUGUGGUCGGUGCAGGCGGUCUUGGCUGUCCCGCUGUUCAAUACCUUGCAGCAGCUGGUGUCGGUCAGAUCUCCAUUCUGGAUCACGACGUGGUUGAGCCCUCCAAUCUCGCUCGACAGAUUCUGCAUAGCGAUGGGACAGUUGGUAUGUCAAAGGCCGUUUCGGCGGCUAAAGCGGCAAAGCAGAUUAAUCCGUACAUCACAGCCGUCCCGCUGGCAGAAGCACUCAGCUCCACCAAUGCUCGUCAAAUGAUGCGGGGCCAUGACCUUGUACUUGACUGCACCGACAACCCACUCACUAGGUACCUCAUCUCUGACGCUGCCGUACUUGAAGGUGUCGAAGUCGUCUCUGGCGCUGCACAAGGAUACGACGGUCAGCUUGUCGUGUUGCACAAGCGAAUCAAGCCGGAGUUUGCUGGUCCGAAAGUGUCUGCAGCAGCAGCAUCCAAUCAGAUUGUCCGCGGACCAUGCUAUCGUUGUCUGUUCCCGAUGGCGCCUCGUCCAGAUGAAGUCACUAAUUGCGAGGAUGGCGGCGUGCUUGGCGGCAUUACAGGUCUAGUGGGCACGAUGCAGGCCCUGGAAGCGGUCAAGAUCCUUGCUGGCAUCGGCGAAGACACACCACCAUUUCUGACGCUAGUAUCUCCGCUCACAUCUACACCGUUCCGAUGCGUCAAGAUCCGACCUCGUCGUAUCUCUACCUGUCGCUCCUGCGGAGAUCCGGCACAAGUCACCGAGCCGAUGAUCGCCAAUCUCGAGACAGAAGACUAUGUCUCUUUCUGCGGCCUCAACGCUCCUCCAGUUACCGAUGGAACUCUUCGCAGAACAAGGGUGUCCUUCAUGGACCCCAAAGCGUUGGUCGUGGAUGUGCGACCUACUGUCGAAUACGGGAUCACGAAGUUGGACGGCUCGCUCAAUCUGCCUAUUCAGUCGCUGCUCAAGGACCCCGAGGAUGCGUGGAAGAAGAUACACCAAGCUCAGCAAGGAUCGUCGGCUUCUUCAGUGCUGGUGGUCUGCAAGAAGGGCAACGACUCUCAAUUGGCGGUGCAGGCCUUGUUGAAGCAUCAGGAUGAGAAGGCAGAGCAGGAACGAAAACAAGCGAAAGAGGAGAAGGCAAACGCUCCAGUUCUUCCGAAAGCGCCCGCACAUCCAUUGGACGACAUCGCCUCCAAACAGGAAGCGGCAGCAGCUACUGAUGCGACAGCCAACAGAAAGCAAAGCGUCACUGCCUUGCAGAUCAGUGACCUGGCUGGCGGUCUCAGAGCUUACGCCAAGGAGAAAGAUCCCAACUUCCCAGUCUACUAG